UUACUGUCACUUUUAAUUUUUUUAUCUUUUAUUUUUUGUCUGAAACUUCAAGACGUUGUGGUUUGGCUCGGUAGAAGCGGCUGGAUUGACGGUUGAUUGGAUGUGGACUAACGUCAACCUUAGACGUGACGUCACAGUUAGGUAAAUUGUAUCAUAAGUAACAAACUUGGUGAAGAGCUGUAUUUAAGUAUUGACAGUGAAGUUGGAGAAAUAAGAGCUGCAGGGAGAGAAAAGAGAGGGGGGACGGCAGGGAGACAGAAGUAGGACAGCAGAGGAGGUCACAGUCAAAGUGGAGACGGCACAGCAAGACGGUGGAGGCCGGCAGACGCGUGACGUCGUGCCCGCAGAAAAGCCGUGCGUCGGGAGGAAAAGGCGGGGAUAGAGACCCUGCUGCAGCCGCAGAGAAACAAGGACACGCGAAACGGAACCGGGACGUAGCGAAACCUGGUAAGAGACGGACAGGACGCUACAGAAAAUGUGAGUGCGGAGAAAGAGGCGGACAUAAGCUCCUCCUCUGUCCGACUGUCUCGCCUCACUCUCGGUCUGUGUCUGUCUCUGCGGGUUGGCGGGGGACAUGUCAUUAUUAACUGCCCAGGAGGACACGCAAAAAUGGGAGCCGACCCACGUCCAGGUGACGGUGCUGAGAGGACGAGGACUGCGUGGGAAGGGGAAACACGGAACCAGCGACGUGUACGCCGUCAUCCAGCUGGGCAAGGAGAAGUACUCCACCUGUGUUCUGGACAAGACAACCGAACCCGAGUGGAGGGAGGAGUGCAGCUUUGAGCUGCAGUCCGGAGUUCUGCAGCAGAGCAGCGGCCCGCUACCCGGAAACCAGCUUCUGCUGACGGUCAUGCACCGGGCGCUGAUCGGGAUGGACGUGUUUCUGGGACAGACUACGAUUCAACUGGACCAGGUGUUUCAUGAGAGCAGAGGGGUGAAGAACCGCUGGUACAGACUGAACUCCAAAACAGGGAAGAAAGAGAAGGAGCGAGGAGACAUCCAGGUGACGGUCGAGUUCACCAGGAACAACCUGACAGCUAGCAUGUAUGAUCUGGUCAUGAAAGACAAGGGCUUCUCCACGUUUACCAAACUGAAAGAGCGCAUGAGGGGGAAGAGGAGAUCCAGUGACGAGGACUCCUCCUCUGUCACCCUCCAGAGCGGAUACGGAUCCCUCUGUCGGAUGAGGCACCGGCUUCCAAGCGAUGGUGGCGGGGAGGAGGAUUAUGAGGACGACGAAGGAGGAGAAGUUCGGCGGAGCAAAAUGAGGAACUUCUUUCUGCGAGGGAAGCUGAGAAAAUCUUCAGACACUCGUUCCAGUACCUCACUGGGGUCGGAGAGCAGCGAGUCCUCGUCUCGGGGCGGGAGCCUGAGUCCGACGGCUGGCAUCAGUGUGGUGGUCUCUGAUUUGUCCAACUCACCCAGCAACAGCAGCAACCUGACGACCGACAACAGCCCCGAACACACAGCAAACACAUCACCCAAGUCGUCCUCACUCCAAUGUGACUUUGGUGAAGAGGCCGGGGACAUCACCAUUGCUGUGCCUAGACCCACCGUGUGUGUUAAUGGAAGCCAUGUUCACGAAGUUCAGGUCCUGGACUGGGGCUCAGGAAAAUCUGAAAAUUCUUCAUGCCCAGGACUCUUGCAGAAGUCUUCGCCUCUUUCCAUGUCCCUACAGAACCUCAGUCCUCGGACCUCCUCAGACCCCCACACAGGACCUGCAGGAGAUGGGCGUCGUUGGUCCUUUGAUAAACCCUGUGUGGAGGAAAAGGCUGCGAUAGCGGCGGCUCUGGAACAGAGUGGACCAAUGGUUAGAAAAGAUGAUGAUGAGGAGGAGGAGAUGUUAGCCACCUCAUCUAAAUCUGAAUCAGGAAGUCAGAGCAGGAAGCAGAAAAAGAAACUUUUCUCCAGUGGCAGUGGCAAGUCCACUGGAAAAGUCGAGGACCAACCUGACAGCACCCCUACUGGCAGCGAGGAGAAACACAAAGGGUGGUUUGGAUUGGAGGAUUCACGCAACAAAGUCAGCCCACCAGUUUCUCCUCAACGGCACUCUAGCUCUAGUCCUCAGUCUGAAUCACUUCCAACUUCUCCUGUUUCUCUUUCUUCUCUGGUUUCGCCAGAGCUUCACACUAACCCUUUCUGUCAAUCAGAAGCCACACCACCUCCAUUUUCUCCCAGUAACCCUUUCUUCUCUUUAUUUCACCCUAACCCUUUCCACCAGGAGGUGCUAACACCUCAGUCUCUUAAUCCAACUGAGCCUCAUUCCCCUUUUCUGUCAAGUGUUUCCUCCUCUGUAGCCCAGCUUUUUCCAGAGAGUCCCAGCAACCUUAUGGACCAAACUGUGACACCAGCACCUCCUCCUGGUGUUUCACAAGAAGAGGAACUUUUGAACUGGAGUUUGUUCAACCCUUUCAUGCCUCCUAGGAAUCUGGAAGCUGAACCUGAGUGGGAUGAAGACUUUAAAGCAUUUGCAACUGGAAGACUUCAAGUUUCUGAAGACCAGAAAAAUGAAUUUAAACGUGAGCAAAGAACUUCCUGUGAGCGGUCAGUGGAAAAGUGCACUAAUGAGGAUCAGCCAAUGCCAGCCAUUGUUCAGAACACAAACAAAGGUCAUGACACCAUUACUCUCACCAACAUUGACCACAUAGAUGCAUUUGCAGGCUUAUCGGAGACAGUUCCAGAACUAAUUAGCUCUGAGAGUCACAACCUGGACAAAAUCUCCCAGGCUCCUGCUGACGUUUGUGGCUAUAGUAACACUAGCAUUGAUGAGUCGAACGAUUCUGGUACAAGCCAGCUCAAAGGCACUUCUCCAGAUCCAGGAUCUUCUGAUCUUGGCAGCUCAGCUACAGAGGACUUCCUCACAUUCACACAACCUCAGUCUCCAGAACCAUCAGUUGAGGAAGUUGUGAAGUUUAGAACUGAAGAAAUUAUUUCAGAACUUCAGCCAGAGUUAAACAUGUGGUCACAGUCAACUGACGACCAAAGAGAGGAGAACUGUACUGUUUUUGAUAAAAGCCCUGUGAAUGCAGACAUAGAGAUGUUCCUGUCUCCAGGAGGAGGAAACAUCUUCACCUCCUCCCCUGACACAAGACAAACCCCCCAGGACUUUGCUAGUUCUAUUUUGAAAGUGAAGUCACCAGACUUGAGCCGCAAGUCCUCUGCAGUUCUAUUUGGGGGUUUUGGUGAUACCUGUCCUGAACUAGAAAAUGACAGUUUACUGUUGCAGCCUCAGGCCUCCAAUCAGAGCUCCAGCAGUUUUCUUCAAAGCCUUUACGUCAGUGUGGACUCACAGAAGUACCAAACAUGCGAGUCAUCCGAGUUCUUCAUGGUGUCAGAUUCAAACACAGAGCUACACUCGGUGAACUCAACGCUCUGUGGAGACCCGAGUGACCUUCAGAUGCCGGCCUCAGAUCUACGAGAUUCAACCAUGGCAUCUAAAUUAUCUGACUCUGAGAAAAGUGUUUCUGCUGAAGCCGAGGACCAGAUGAACUUCUUCAAGGCAGAUUUUCCUUCAUUCCAACCAUUUGAUUCACAGGUUUUUACCAAAUCAUUCACAGACUCGGAGAAGACUUACAGUCCAGCAAGGACCAGAGAAGACGGAGUGGAAAGCCAGUUUGUGGUUCUGGAUAAGGAGCUCUCACAAAGUCCACAGGUCUUUGAUGAGCUGCUGCUGGUUCCCGCUUCUGUGAUGGAUCCCAGUCUAAUCCAGGAAUUUUCCUCAGCUGAACCUUUUUAUUUUGAGUCCUUCUCUGAGGAAGACCCCAACAACUGCCAGGAUAUCUCCUCUGCUCAUUCAGAGUCUCCCGUCUCCUGUCUGGCCUCCUUUUCUCCUUCUCUAACUUCUUGUAGCUCUCUCCCAACUCUCUUUUCUUAUUUCCAUCCUGUGGACCCCUCCCUGAUGUCGCCACCUUCCAUGGUGGAUACUGCUGUACUGAAACCAGAGGAGGUGAAGCAGCAGGGAGUCAUUCUGCAGAACAGCCCACACCCAGUGAAGCCCAUGGCCACUGAAGAGAAGAGGAGCGAGGGUCGCUCUGUCUUAGAGAAGCUCAAGUCCACGAUAAGCCCAGGGAGGAGCAGCCAGGUCCUGGAGCAGGAGACAAACAGGAAGAAGUGUCUGACGGAGGGCGCGGGGUCGUACUACCACCUGACCCACAGCCAACUUGUGGCUCUGCUGCUGCAGCGGGAGGCCGAGUUGCAGCAGCAGAAAACAGAGUUUGGGCGUCAGAAGGUGUUAUUGGCCAAACGGGAGGCGGAGCUGAGGAGGCUGAAGCCACAAGUUCGAGAUCUAGAAGACUACAUUGACACACUGCUGGUCCGCAUCAUGGAGCAGAAACCCACCCUGCUGCAGGUCCGAUCCAGGAUCAAGUGACGAGCAGGGUUGGGGUGAACAGGUUUACUUCUCAUCUGUUUGCUCUUGCCUCCAUUGCAACUCUUUAGUCUCUUCACUGCUUCUCCCCUUUUUGAUACACGUGGUUGGGUCUCACCUUGAAGAGGGUUCUAGUUUGAGCUUGUUCUGAAUGUAGCUGGUUCUCAGGUUGUUUUCAGCUUCAGACGAGUGAGUCCACAGUCCUGAAGAUCAGACUCCUCAGCGUCCAAAGCCUGAUCGUAGAAAAUCUUCCUUUUACUUUUAAACCAAGAGGAACAAAAAGACUUCCAAAAACCUGCAGCUUAUUUUGGUCUGGAUUUAGAGAAACAGCCAGAGCACAUUAAGAGGCACAUAUAUGUUUGAUCAAACAAAACCAUUUGAUCAAAAAUGAUUGUUUUUCUUCUACAGAACCUCCACCAUCUUGGUUGUAGAACCUGGAUAGAAAUCCUUGGUUGACCAGUUUCUCUGAUUCAGAUGUUGUGGUUUAAAAAUAAAAGGUCUUGCCCAUGAAAAACCCACCAACAAACACUCAGCUGUGACACGUGUGCAUCCAUGCCCUCACACGUGCACAACAACAAGGGUAGAGUCCGACUGUUGUUAUAUAAGUUAUUUUUUAGACAGCAAGCAAAGAUUUAAAUUUUAUUUUACAUUUUUAUCUUUAAAGAAACACUUUUUUCCCCUCUUGUAUUAGCGGUGGUCAAAUUGCCCAUGAUGCUCUUGGCCAAAUUACCCAGACUACUCUCUGCCACAUCAGCUUAAUUAUCAUGGUUUCAGGUUUGUUUUGAGACUUUUUGCACAUAUGAUUGUGAUAUGUUCAAAUGUUCAGAUGCCAAACGCUGCCUUAUUUUUUUCUUAGUUUUCCAAACACGACACUUGUUCAAAGAGUUUUUUUUUUGUUUUUUGUUUUUUUUUUGGGUCACAUGAAUGCACAAAUCUAAAUGACGUGUCUUAACACCAGUAGCCAACAGGGAUGCCCUGUGAAAUGCCAAAACAUAGGCCUGCAAAAGUCAGCUGUGGUCCUGAUGGAAUCUGAUCCCUCAUUUGCAGAUGCACUUGCACUUCUUCUUGGUCAGAAAACGUCUCUGUGUGAUGUUGGUAUAGUUGGUCACAUCUGCUCUUCCUUAGGCGGGUUUUUUCCUCGUUUCGAUGAUCGGCGAAACAGCUAGAUCUCAGUGUUAGUAGAGGGGUUAUUUCUUUGGACAGAGUUGGUUUUUGGCUGAAGCACAGACCAUUUAGAAGAAACAGACACAGCUAGAUGUGGAGUUCAAAGAUUGAAAGCCACUGGUUAAAGAUAAGCUCUGCACCAAGUCAUCAUGUUCCUGUAUUAGGACCUAAAGUUCCUACAGAUGUCCAAUUCAACUAGGUUGCUGUGUGACAAUCUGAGCUGUCAAUCAAACCUCCCACUUCCUGUCUGGUCAGGGGUUUUCUUGUGUUGUUCUUGGCUGCAGCCCUGAAACCACUGACCAGGACAGAUGUUUGCCAAUGUCUGGUUCUCUCAGGCUGUGUGGCUUUGGUCUUUAACUGAAGUUUGGUUGGUUUGCGAUUUCAUUCAGCGUUGGCUGACGUUGAGGAUUUGCUCCAGACACAUUUACCCAAAAUGCACUUCUCUGCCUAGAAUAAAUGAAUGUGUUUUAGUUUAAACUUUAGCGCCUAUGUGUGAUUCCUGUGAACUGUUCUGUGAUUCUAGCACUCUGUCCUGAAUGACAUCACUGAGGAUUAGCCAAUGAGCUUGAAGCAUUAGCCUAAAUAAUUCUGCCGAGCCUUUGCAUAAUCAGCAUCAUUUCAAAUUUGACCCAGGAUGUCUGGUUCCGAGUCAUGUCUUCCAUUAUUUGAAAAUGUUUUGAUUUUUCUUUCAGGUUCAAUUGGAACAAAAACUAUAUAUAAUUCUUUAUUUCUUUCUUUUCUUCAGUGUUUCCUUUUGUGAAGCCAGUGGAAUGUUUUUGAGGAAGAAUGUGAGUUUGGAAAGUUUACAAUCCUGAUGCAAAUUUUCUAUAUUUAAUAAAUAAUAUUUUGUG